AUGAAACAGGUUCAGUUGAAACUGCUGUUGUGUCUUCUAUUGGCAAUUGGUGUCACUGGACAAUAUAAUCCUGUCGGCCUAUGGGGCAUCAAUUUUAAUGGACAACCAGCCGCUUAUGGACAACCAGCUGCUUAUGGACAACCAGCUGCUUAUGGACAACCAGUCGCUUAUGGACAACCAGUUAUGAGUGGUUGGGGUGGUUAUUCAGGAAUGGGACCCUAUGGACGAUUCGGACAACAAUCAACUAUUGUACCACAAUACAGUGCUGAUUUUGGACAAGCUAAUACUGCUCAACAAAUCGUUCAACCGACUAUUACACAACAGACAAAACUUACUGAUACUGAUGGUGCUAUACAACAACAUAGUUUCUUUCCAUCUCUAUCUGCUGUUGCUGCUACUAGUGGAAAUCGUGGUGUUAGAGAAGAUGUAUGUUAUAAUAUUAUUGAUUCAGUUUAUCCAUUAUUCUCAACAUAUUGCUCGGUAUUACCACAAACGACAUUUUCAUUACCGAACUUUUUUGGUCAUCAAACAAAACAAGAAGCAAAUGAAUUAUUCCUUUCAUUAAGACCAACAUUAUAUUCUGGAUGUUUUUCAUAUAUGCGUUUAUUUUUAUGUCCAUUAUUUUUUCCACCAUGUAAUGUUGAACCAAUACUUCCAUGUGCUACCUUCUGUAGAGCUAUAAAAAAUCGAUGUAGUAAUGUUGAUCUUUCAGCAAUUAAUUGUGAUAAACUUCCAGAAAAAUCAGAAUUUUGUCCAAUAAUCAUUGGAAAGAAUCGUUUAAUGUAUGGUGCAGGUGAAUUUCAACGAACUUCAUCAUACAAUAAGCACAGCUCACAACAAACUCCUUCAGAUGAUUAUUUUGGUUCAUCUUUAAAUCAAUUACCAUCAACAUCUGGUAGUUCCAGUAAUGAAGGUGUACAAACACAAACUGAUAUUGAUUCAUAUUAUGGAGAAAAAAGUUCUGAUCAAUCUAUGAACAACAUGAAACCAACUCAAGCCUCAACAGUAAUGUCCGGUACACAUGAUUUUUCAAAAAUGAAUACUGAUAGUACAAGCGAUCAACAAUGGGCCAGUGAAGAUCCAUCAACUGCAUCAUCAUCUACUGGUGGGCACCCUCGUUCAACUUACAACUUCGUAAAACCUGGUAGUUCUAGCUACGACUUCAAUAGUAUUUCAUCAGCACAAGAUAGUUCAAUUGAUCGUGGCAACUACGGUGCAUCACCAUAUAAUACAAAUAGUAACUUUCGAUCUUCAUAUGGUGACAAUGAAAAAUAUGGUGGUGGAUUAUUCGACACUGAUACUACAAAAUCUGUCGGCUCAUCAUCAUACAGUAAUACUGACAACACUGGUAGUGGAUCAUCCAAUGGUGAUACCGUAACAUCUACUGUCUCAUCAUUGUUCGGUAACAACAACAACUACGGUAGUGGAUCAUCUGAUGGUAGCAACAUCGCAUCGGUUGACUCAUCAUUAUUCAAUAGAAAUGACAACUAUGGUGGUGAAUCAUCCUAUGUUGAUACAAGCAAAACUGCUAGCUCAUCAUUAUAUGGUAAUAAUAAAAAUUAUGGUGGUGAAUCAACAUCAUUUGGUAGUGCCAUGAAGCCUGUUGGAUCAACAUCGUAUGGUGGUGAAUCAUCAUUUGGUAGUAGUAUGAAACCUGUUGGUGUAUCAUCUUAUGGUAACGGUGGUGAAUCAUCUUAUGUUGAUACUAAAUCGUCUGGAUCAUCAUCAUCAUAUGGUAACAACAUGAUGCCUGGUGGAUCUUCAUCAAAUGGUAACAACAUGAUGCCUGGUGGAUCAUCAUCAUCAUAUGGUAACAACAUGAUUCCUGGUGGAUCAUCAUCAUCAAAUGCAAACAACAUGAUGUCUGGUGGAUCAUCAUCAUCAUAUGGUAACAACAUGGUGCCUGACGGAUCAUCAUCAUCAUAUGGUAACAACAUGAUGCCUAGUGGAUCAUCAUCAUAUAACAACAACAUGAUGCCUGGUGGAACAUUAUCAUCAUAUGGUAACAACAUGGUGCCUGGUGGAUCAUCAUCAUAUGGCAACACCAUGAUGUCUGGUGGAUCAUCAUCAAAUGGUAACAACAUGAUGCCUGGUGGAUCAUCGUCAUCAUCAAAUGGUAACAACAUGAUGCCUGGUGGAUCAUCAUCAUUAUAUGGCAACAAUAUGAUGUCUGGUGGAUCAUCAUCAUCAUAUGGCAAUAACAUGAUGCCUGGUGGAUCGUCGUCAUCAUCAUAUGGCAACAAUAUGAUGUCUGGUGGAUCAUUAUCCUCAUAUGGCAACAACAUGAUGCCUAGUGGAUCAUCAUCAUAUGGCAACAACAUGAUGCCUAGUGGAUCAUCAUAUGGCAAUGGUAUGAUGCCUGCUGGAUCAACAUCGUAUGGUGGUGAAUCAUCAUUUAGUAAUAGUAUGAAACCUGUUGGCUCGUCAUCUUAUGGUAAUGGUGGUGCAUCAUCCUCUGGUGAUACUACCAAACCUACUGAAUCAUCCUCGUCAUAUGGCAAUGGUAUGAUGUCUGCUGGAUCAACAUCGUAUGGUAGUAAAUCAUCAUUUGGUAAUAGUAUGAAACCUGUUGGCUCGUCAUCUUAUGGUAAUGGUGGUGCAUCAUCCUCUGGUGAUACUACCAAAUCUGCUGAAUCAUCCUCGUCAUAUGGCAAUGGCAUGAUGCCUGUUGGAUCAACAUCGUACGGUGGUGAAUCAUUAUAUGGUAGUAGUAUGAAAUCUGGUGAGUUAUCAUCUCUUGGAAACAAUGAUAAGUAUGGUGGUAGAUCAUCAGCAUUUGGCAAUGCCAUGAAGUCUGUUGGAUCAACAUCUUAUGGUAGCAGUGGUAGUUAUGAUGGUUCAUCACACGGCAAAAGUGGUAGUUAUGGCGCAACUGCUGCAUUUGAAUUAACUGGUCUACCUUAUGGUCUUCAAGCAACAGGCGAAUAUCUUAACUAUUAUCCAGAAAAACUUGAUCUAUCUAAAUGCGGACCUCAACCACCGAAAAAUCCAUGUACACUCAAUAGUCUACAAUAUUAUCCAUUACCUGGUUAUCCACAUUGUUACAUUCAGUGUUCAUUUGAACACAUGUUUGUUAAGCCAUGUCCACCUGAGCUUGUUUGGAAUGCACUCAUAAAUGUUUGUGAUUGGCCAACAGCUCCUUAUUCAGCUGAUGAUAACAGUUAUGGUUCUUCAUCCUAUAGUAACAACAACUAUCAAAGUGGAUCAUCUUAUUCAUAUGGACGAAAAAAACGUUCGACAAUUGAACGCAAGAAACUAUUCAGACAUGGUAAUCCAUUCCCGUCUCUAACUAAAUUGGAUGUACCCUUAGGUCCAUCUGUUCCAGGUGUUGUUCCGUUACCGGGUUUUACCGGUCCUAUUGGAAUUGCAGGUCCACUUGUUCCACCACCAACUCCUCCACCAUCUCCUCCUUCGACCGCUCCAGUAAUGGUUUCUCCAAUGACAUCACGAAUGUUUCCUUCAAUGUUUCCUCUCUUUGCACCCAUGUCGCUUCCAUCACAAGUCGCUCCAUCACCAAUGCUUCAACCAAUGUUUCAACAAUCAUCUACAUUCCAAUCAAUGUUUCCACAACCAUCUACAUUUCAAUCAAUGUUUCCACAAUCAUCUACAUUUCAAUCAAUGUUUCCACAAUCAUCUACAUUUCAAUCGAUGUUUCCACAAUCAUCUACAUCUCAAUCAAUGUUUCCACAACCAUCAGUUCCUCAAUCAAUGUUUCCACAAUCAUCAGCACCUCAACUAAUGUUUCCACAACCAACAGUGUCUCAAACAAUCUUUCCACAAGCAACUGUGUCUCAACUAAUGUUUCCUCAACGAACCGUGUCUCAAGCAAUGUUUCCACAACCAACAGUAUCACAACCAAUGUCUCCACCAUCACCAAUCAUGCAACCAACAUUUCUAACAUUUCAAACAUUUCCAACAUCACCAACACCUCCUUCAACACCUUCACUUCCAUCUUUUAUACCUCCCAUUCUUCCAUCUCUUCCAAUACCACUUGACGGACCAUUACUUCCACCUCUUCCUAUGAAUAUACCAGCUACAUUCAUUCCUGGUCCGCCACCUAUAUUUGGUGCUCCAUGGUUUGGACCUUUCGACGAACCUUCAGGAUCUGCUGGCGCAUCUUUAGGAUCUAUGGGCACACCCUCAGCACUUUUCAGUGGAUCUUUCGGUCAACCAUUUGGCUUCAAACCCUCAUUUGGUCAUCCAUUUGGUUUUGAUCUCGGCUUCGGUAGUGGAUUUCCAUCUUCUUCCAAUUUCUAUAGUGGUUUAUCUCAAUCAUUUCCAUUCUCUAACGGUUAUAAUAGGGGAAGCAAAAAUGGUAACAAAAAAGAUUUUGAUGAUGACGAUGAAGACGAUGACGAUGAUACAUAUGAUGAUGAAAAACCAUCUGAGUCCAAUGAUGAUGAUUCCGAUAAAUCAAAACCAUCGAAACGUAGCAAGAAUAAUAAUAUUGCAAAGCGUAAAAAACGUGAAUAUGAUUCAAAUGAUCAUCAAGAUGUAACAAAUGAUCAUCAAGAUGUAACAAAUGA